AUGGGUCAAGAAGAAUCAGCAAUGGUAGACGAGUCUACACCUCCAACCACACUUUCAGAACGCAGCAUUUCAGCCAUUGCCGACUACAUCAAGAGUGGCGAUGUCAAGCGCAUUGUUGUCAUGACCGGUGCUGGAAUUUCCACCGCCGCAGGCAUUCCCGAUUUCAGAUCGCCAAAGACCGGGCUGUACAACAACCUGGCCCGCUUGAACCUGCCCCAUGCUGAGGCUGUGUUCGAAAUUUCGUACUUCAAGGAGAACCCUGAGCCAUUUUACGUGCUCGCAAAGGAGCUGUAUCCUGGCAAAUUUCACCCCACCGUCUCGCAUGUGUUCCUAUCACUCCUGGAGAAAAAGGGUCUGCUGCAAAUGUUGUUCACGCAGAACAUUGACUGUCUGGAGAGAAGCGCUGGUGUCCCGCCGGAAAAGAUAAUAGAGGCUCACGGGAGUUUUGCGACCCAGCGAUGCGUUGAGUGCAAGAAAGAAUUCCCUGACGACGAAAUGAGGACCCAUGUCCACAAUGGAGACGUACCUCGGUGCGUGGAUAUGAGUUGCAACGGUCUUGUAAAACCGGACAUUGUAUUCUUUGGGGAAGCAUUGCCGCGGGAGUUUUCUGAGCAGAGCUACAAGGUAGUCAUGGCUGACCUCGUCCUCAUCAUUGGCACGAGUCUGCAGGUGUAUCCCUUCGCCGGCCUACCAAAGAUGGUGCGAGAGUCAAUCCCUCGUGUCUUGUUCAACUUGGAAAAAGUUGGUCAGAUUGGCACCAGGCCAGAUGAUGUCCUGUCACUGGGGCCCUGCGACGACGGGAUCCGCCAGCUGGCUGCGGACCUUGGCUGGGGCGAAGAGCUGGAGAAGAUGUGGCGCGGCAUCGUUGGAGAUGAGGAGGCUGAGAGGCAGCUGAGAAGUCAACAGGAGCGCACUAAAGAGGUCGAUGAAGAGGUGCAGAGACUCACCGAGGAUAUCGAGACGGCGUUGAGGAUCCAUGACGAAGAAUCUGCUAGCAAUGAGGCCGUGGCCUCCAAAUCUCACCAAUCCGAGGAAACAGGGCCCAGCAAUGACAACAUCUUGAAGUACGAAACAGACGCGGCUGAAGGAACCGUGGAUUCUGCAAAGCGCAUCGAAACGCCACCACCGGCAGGGGAAACCGCUGCACAAGACAAAGCGGUGGAUUCACAAGAAGCCCUUACAGAGAGGAGGGAUAGCGAUCCUCAACCAGCUCUUUGA